AUGAAAGACAUGUCGAGAGGCUUCAGAUUGGAAAUGACGACUCCUGUCCACUGCUGGCAGGAAUCAAGUGGUGUAAUGGCAUGCUUUUCAUAUCCUAUCGCAUCAUCGCUGGUGUUCAUCUACCCUACGCUGGAGCAGAUUCUCAUUCAGAGAGUGCAACUGAAACGAUCAGCAUUUACACAUGCUCUUUUCACUGGAUCAUCUGCAGAUACGAUCUACUCGAUGCCGCUUUUCUAUGAUUCCCCGACAAAUUUGGUCUACUCGGCGAGAUGGUCUACCCUACCCGAUCUAUGGAUAGAGAAUAUGCCAAGUGAGAUGUGUGCUCAAGCAGAAAAGGAGAAGGAAGAACCGGAGGCCGAAUUGCAAGAUAGCGACUUAGUAACGUUGUUCGAACGUUGUGAACCCGUUGAUCGAGUUGAGGUGUCCUGCCCUGAUUUGGCCAUUUUCUAUGAUGUUCAUGAUCUCAAUGUACGGCUCAGCUCAGUUGGAUCAAUGCCCGUCACGGCAAUACAGAAAGAGCAAUUUGCUCUAACUAUGCGUGUUGGGGACCCGAAUAUAAUAGUUCGCGCUGUUCGGGUUGAAUUACCGGCUGAACGAGGUCGAGGGCCAUCCGAAGUUUCUAUUGGCGAUAAGACGUAUCCUCUAACAAUGACGACCGACCUGGCACGAUUUUUCGACAUUCGAUUUACUCGGACGCAAUCGCUGGAACUGUAUGAUCAUAGAAACAUCACUUUGACGUUUUCUGGGAAGAUCUCGAUCACAAGUAGGGAUGACUGUAGUUUCUGUACGGCUAUACGGCAUGUCCAAGCGAGAGUUUGGAUCUCCUCGUUCACAUUUAAUUGCAAGGAUGCCUUUAUCGCUGCCGGACAAGUUCAUAUUGAACGUGAUUCGAAUGCUGACUACGUUGAACACGAGAAAUCUGAUUGUGAAAGAGAGCACUUGACGAAUAACUGUGCUGUAUGCACUUGUGAUGAACAAUGCCUCAAAGCGACCGCUUUUGCCCUGAUAGUCUCACUUACUGAGGCAGAAAUCGACCGCGAUUGGAUGGUGAAAACAGCAUGUCGUUUGAUCAGUCCUCGCUUAUGCCAUCGAGAACUUGUCGAGGCGGCCAAUCGACUGCUAAGAGUGCUUCUAGUGGAUAGUGCUCAUGAUUACUACGCACGGAAGGAUAUGGUCAUCAUAAACGAUUUGGCGGUAUUUUCUCGUGGUAAAGUGCCGAUACCUAGCGACUUGAUGGCAGAUUUUGCACUUCAGCUCAAGUAUAUGAUGUGUACACGUUGGAAGCAAUUUUGGAGCAUUGUGAAACGAAAGUUUGGAAGCUCCGUGGCUAUAAUGUCGUUCCUACGUCGUGAGGUUGCUGCUGCUGCAACAAUGGGUGCACCUUUUGGCGCUUCGGAUCCACUGCCAGCUUUAGAGCUGUACACUGUUCUAUUGUUCAUCCUCUUGUCCGUCAAUGAUACACAUGGGAAGCAGCUUACGGAUGAAUAUCUCAGUUUGUACACUGACCCUAAGACUUCACAUAUAGCUCAUCGUGUACCGACUUGUCGGCCAAACGCUCAUCUAUUCGUUCGCGUUGACUACGAGAAACGACCGAUCUCAAGCCCGCUCUAUGAAUCCAUCAGCGAAAAGAGUGAAUGGCUUCUUCAUCUGUUGCAAGCUGUCUUAGCCAAGAUUCGCGACGAAGGGUCCAUCGGCUCGUUACCUGUUGAAGGUGUUCCUGUUGGGCGUGGUGACACGGUUCCAUCAACAUCUCUUCUGAUCUUUGCUAUGGCUCUCAUGGCUCAGCUGUAUCCAGCAAACCUCUACCCCACGGUUGUUCAAUUGAUUGCCAUGGUAGAUUGGAAAGCGAGCAUAAUUGAGAUCAACGAUCAUAAUUACAGGCAGUUCCUACUGUUUCGCCUCAUCUUCGUACUGCUUCUAAAAUGUGGGGAGCACCUAGAGAACAGAAAGAAAAGCGAGAAGGAGUCUGAAGAGAAGCGAGCUGGUUCGAGCGGCACCAUGCUACCAGAUGUUGACUCGGGCUCACCGUCAAGCUCAAUGCCGUCGGGCGGAGUGGAGUUCGGAGCUGAUGGCUCGAGAGAGGCCACACCCAUUAGUUCGUCAGAAGAUCGAACAACGACAAAACGUCGAAGCACGGAGAAAUUGCUCGGACAGAUUGUGAAUCAGCUGUGCAAUGCAGGAGCCCUAGAAUUCUGUCGUGAUUUGCUAGAAAGCGUUGCAAGCUACUGGCGUACAGCAAGGGAGCACAGAACGGCACCUAGAGCCUGGUCACGCGACUGUGGGGCGACGCGCACAGGAGUCAUGGAUGCUCGAGAACACUACUACACGAUGAUCACUGACGUUGCGCUACGUCUACCUUGUCAGAUGAGACGAAUACUGAGUGAUGUGAAGUUUGACGAAAGAUGGCAACGAAUCCUCUGCGAGCUUUUUCCUCAACACGCUCCCAGCUUCGCAGACAGAGAAGAAGGUUCUUUGGCGAUGUUCAAUGGAGACAAGCAGAAAUAUCGUGAACUUAACUGGCUCCUGCAACUAGCUUGUCGGGUGGCCGAUGCUGUUUCAUGCAGUGUAGUAGACUUACUGGUAUCGGCAAUUCGUGAAACUCCCGGACAUCAGGGUGAAAACAUCCAUCUGGCUGACAAAAUAAUCUAUGAAGAGAAGAAUCGAUGCCUGCUGAUGAUGCUACUUGUUCGUUAUUUGAUCGGACGUGAUGAAAAUAGAAGAUGGUUAAUGCACGGCUUGCUGAGGUCGACCAUCCAGUUGGCUAGUCGACAGAAUCAGAUGACGUUACUUCGUAUUCUGUGGAAUGAUCUAUGGCCCCUUGCCCGAGGUCUCGGUGAUCAUGCCGCACAGCUGGCAGACAUACUGUCCACCUAUGCUUCACGCCUAUUCAGUUCAGCAGAGAUGCAAGCAGUAUGCGACGCUGAACUAGAAGCGAUCAGUGCUACGGUUGCCAGAAUCGAAAAAGAAGGCCAUGCCGGUUGGUAUCGCCAGAUGACAGGACUCGGAUUAGGAUGGAAGACAAUGCUGAUGGACACCAGUCCGUGCCUCGUGUGCUUUUCCAGAAAG